UCGUCCACUCGAAACAUCCAAAAAUACAUAAAUCGCCGGGAAAAGUGCAUUACGAUGGUGGUUUGGUGUGGAAAAUUAGUGCGAUUAUGAAGUUAUUUUUUUAUGAUAUCGCCUGAAAGCUUUCCCCCCGGACGCUGAUGUGAUUUCCGUUUUUCGUUACAAUAUUUGAAUCGGAGAAAAGUGCAGAAAAGCUCGCGUUGAGAAUGUUGUUAACUUGAACAGACAGAGACACAAAAUUCGAUGUGGAGUAUUCGUUGACUAAAUUUAUCCAAAACAGUACAAAAAACACAGAAAGUCCCCCCAAAAAAGGAGGUAAAGCUGGUCAAAAUUUCACAGUGUUAUGCAGAGUGCGGUGUGGGGUGUUAUUAGCUGGUGCUGCUGUUGCUGCCUCCCCCCAUUCGAGAAUAUCUGUACAGAUCCAACAAUAACAAUAACAACGGCAGUGUGAAACCACAAUUUAGUCGCCAAACAGUCGUCGUUGUCUCCGCGCCCUGAAAGCCCGUCAUGAUGUUGGACGAUGACAACUCGGAUCUGCUGGUCUGUGCAUCGGAGAUGCAGGAAGACCGUUUGUACUUUGUGGCCUUCAAGAAGAACAUCAAGCCAAAGAACACCGUAAAUACGCACUACUUCAGCAUCGAUGAGGAGUUCAUCUACGAGAACUUCUACAAUGACUUUGGUCCCCUGAACAUAUGCAUGCUGUAUAGAUAUUGCAUGAAGCUGAACACCAAGUUGAACGCCAAGUGCCAUGCCAACAAGAAGAUAGUUCACUACACCUCAAUGAAUCCGGCCAAGCGACUCAAUGCGGCCUACCUGAUUGGUUCGUAUGCAAUUAUCUACCUUAACAAGACGCCCCAGGAGGCGUACAGGCCGCUGGUUGCCGGCGAGAUUCCCGCCUACACGCGCUUUUGUGACGCCAGCUACGGACCCAGCAGCUUCAAGAUAUCCCUGCUGGACUGUCUGAAUGCUGUGCACAAAGGAUUGCAGGCGGGCUUCUUCAACUUCAACGACUUCGAUGCCGAGGAGUACGAGUAUUUCGAGCGCGUGGAGAACGGCGACUUCAACUGGAUUGUGCCGCAGAAGUUCAUAGCGUUCUGUGGACCCCAUCAGAAGAGCAAGACGCUGCCGAAUGGAUAUCCGUGCCAUGCACCCGAGCGCUACUUUAGCUAUUUUCGGGAUAACAAUGUCACGACCGUGAUUCGGCUGAAUGCCAAGGUCUAUCACGCAUCUUCCUUUGAGAACGCUGGCUUCGAUCACAAGGAUCUGUUCUUCAUCGACGGCAGCACGCCGAGCGAUGCCAUAAUGAAGAAGUUCCUCUCCAUUUGCGAGACGACGAAGGGCGCAAUUGCGGUCCAUUGCAAGGCGGGCUUAGGACGAACGGGCAGCCUGAUAGGGGCGUAUAUCAUGAAGCACUACGGGUUCACUGCCCUGGAGUCCAUUGCCUGGCUGAGGCUCUGCCGGCCGGGAUCGGUGAUUGGACAUCAGCAGCAGUGGAUGGAGGACAAACAAAGCUGGCUGUGGUCGGAGGGCGAACGGAUGCGCCGGCGCACUACGCUACCCAUCCUCCAGCACACGUACGGUAUCAACAGCCUGGAGCUGAAGACCAAACUGGCCUCGGCUGCCUCGGAUUCCGCGGAGCAUGUGGAUCUGCUUCUGACCCGCGUGAAGGGCAUUUCUCAACGCGUGGAUACGAUGCACCUGAACGACCAGGACAACCUCGAUUCGGUGUGUGUGGAUCAAACGGAUGAGGAGCUCUCGGAGCAGCGGCGAUUGGAGCGAGACGAGCGGGCGCUGUAUCAAUCCGCCGAGGAUCCCAAUUGCAAUGGCAGCGAUGACAACGAUACGGACACGCUAAGUGCACCAGCGGAGCAGCCGCUGUCCUCCAGCUAUACAAUAUCCACAAGGCGUAGGAAAUCCCCGUCGGGUGCGAAUAAGCCGACGGUUAUAGCCACAUCCCUGAGACGUCUGGUCAAUCCGAAUGCCAAUCGGAGUGGAUUGAGCACUGCUUCAGGCGUUGUUUAUCCCGCCACCGAGGUGGCCAGCUGCACGGAGAAGAAGUUGCGCAAGCCAAGUGCAAAUGUCUUCGAGGCAGCCCGCCACACCAUCGCUUCCACCGUCAGGAUGACGCAAACGGCGCUGGAGAAGAAGCAGGCGCAGACGCAGGGCGACAAGUUGAAUCAGAUCAAGGCGCUGAGGAGGCACCACUCGCGAUCCGUCAACGUGAACAGCAACAGCGAACAGGAAUCGAAUCUGCGGCAUACGAGAGCUCGAUCCCAGCCCUUUCGCAAUAAUAACAACGGAGUGGUUGGAAAUCCAGCGAUGUCUUCCUUAAAGGCGGGACAGCCUACGUCAUCAUGUUUGCCAACGAGCACAGCGGCAGCCACUCUUUUGGCCAACAAUCUAAACAACAAUAGCAGCAGCAGCAGCAAUAGCAACAACAACAACAACAACAGUAAUCUAAGCAACUCCCUGAAUAACUAUAACAACAACAACAAUACCACUAACAAUAUUUUGGCCAGUUCGGGGAGCAGUCGCACCCGCAGCCUGGCAAUCUAUAGCAAACGAAUGGAACUGAAGCACUUGCGAAAGGCGGAACAGCAGCAGCAGCAGGAGGAGCAACCGUUGCUGCCGGUGGAGAAGCAGCUCCUCCGGCCAUAUGCCACCAUUAACGAGAGCAAGAUACCGGUGGUAUCCGUUGGCAGUGGUGGUGCCGGCAGCUCGGCCACCAUUCCGCCCACCCGGGGCAGUGCCGCGCGCACCUCCCAUCACCACAUGACGCUCCGGGGAAGAUCCCGGAUACGUUACCAGCGUCCCAAUGCCGGGGAACCGGCUCCGGCGGCGGCCCAAGCCCAACCCUGCACGGUGGCCACGGCUCGUUACUAUCGGGACGUAUCGGCCAUACCCACAAUGGGUGUUCUGGGUAGUGGUGGGUCCACCUCCUCCUCCGCUUCCGUCUCCUUUAACAUAGCCACACGCUCCGCAUCCGCCACGCUCGAUCUCAACUCCAAUCCGCUGCCGAAAACCAAGUUAACCAGCCUCAACAAUAAUCCAACACCCACUCCUCCACCUACUUCCUCCAAUCCUGCAGACACAAGCCGGCAUAAUAGUGGUCGCGGCAGUGCCGAGCUGCAGGCGAUCAUCGAGCAUGCUGGAUCGGCCAAGCGGAACAAGCGCUCGCUGAGCUCCACGCGACUGGACAAGGACAAGAGCGACGAGUACAACACGAAGCUGCUGAGGAAGACAGCGGCCGCAGCUGCAGCAGCGGCCACAGCAGCAGCAGCCACCUCAUCCAACGCCUCCUCCGCCAACAGCACCAUGAACAACAAUUGCAAGUACAACAGCUGCAGCAGUAAUAGCAACAGCGGCAGCUUCAAGCUCUCCCGUCGCCUUUUCGGGGAAUCCGGAUCCUCGGCCUCGACAUCCGCCUCGAAUUCGGGGAUCCCCACGCCCACGGCACCGCCCACGUCCAGCCAAUGGCACCAGCAUCUGGCCCGCGGCGUGAGCAGGGUGUCCAACGAAAGGGAGCGGCAGCAGCAAUCUCUAGACCAUCAGCAAUCCAAUCUCAAGCUGCGCAAGAAGAUCAGCUACUGA